UUGCUGGGGAUACAUUAACGGCGCUUAGAAGGAGGCUGGAGGACAAAGCUCCAGCCCAGAUGGAUUAUUGGUAUGUAUGGGACAACUGGGCUUAUGCGCGUGCGAAAGGACGUCCUCUUUCCUCCUCCUAUUCCUAUCUAUCUCAGGGGUCUUCAGCCCCACUCUGUGCUAUGCCUGUCUCUUCUCCUCCCCGGCCUGCUUCUGCCCCUCCCCCGGCUUACCCCCAGCUUUCUGAUUUAUGCCUAUCAUCUCCCUGCUCGCCACCCCCCUGCCCGUGCGGGCCCACCAUUGACCCACCGGUUACUUUGCAAGCUCCCCUCAUUCAGCAACCCCUUGUUACUCAUGGCACGGACGGGAGUGAACGGUUUGCUUUCCCCUAUGUUCACCGCCCUUUUGGCCCAGGCGAUUUAGUAACAUGGCAACAGCAGAUGCCUCGCCUGCGUGACGAUCCAGAGAAGGUUUUGCAAACCAUCCGGUCUGUAUUUACCGCAUUUAACCCUACAUGGGGAGAUGUCCAGGUAAUCCUGGACACACUUUUUACCCCUGACGAGAAAUAUUCCAUUCUGGAUGCUAAUAGGCGCUGGGCAGGGGAGGAUAGUACCCGGGCUUCUUGGCCCCUGACUGAUCCCAAUUGGAAUCCUAAUGUGACCACUCAGAUGGGCCUUUUAAAGGCGGGUAGAGACGGCCUUUUAGAAGCUGUACGUAAAGCUGGUAGUAAAACGGCUAACUGGUCUAAAAUUCGUGAAUGUCAGCAAGAGCUCACUGAGCACCCCUCCGCCUUUUUGGCCCGGUUGUCCAAACAAGUUCGUGUAUACGGGGGCGGCAUAAACCCUGAGGCGGAGGAAAACCGUCCUAUGAUGGUCUCCUUUUAUGUUGAUCAGGCAGCAUCAGAUAUAAAAAAAUACUUUUCUAAGCAUGUGCCCGAUUGGCCAGGAAAACCCCUCCAGGAGGUUGUCCGCCUGGCCACCUUUGUGUUUAACGGCAGGGAUGAGGAAAAAGCACGGGAAAAACGUAAACAGAAGAAGGAGGAGUUGCAGGUAAAGGUUCCUGGAUUCACCAUAGCUACGUCAAGUUGGCAGCAGAACCCCCACCUGACCCUGGCGAGCCAGCAGACGAGCCACUUCACGAAUGAACACUACAACCAACCCAUGGACUGAGCUUUCCAGCUACUGGGACCUUCACAGCCCACCAGGACUUUUUGUGUUCCUGUCUAUUGGACUUACAUUAGGGGUAGUGUUUUUUGUAUGGUACAGGGGAGGAUGUCGACAUUGGUAUGGUUUGCCUGGGGGGCCCUCUCCCUAUUCCCAAGUCCAGUACAAGGAUGGGAGGGCAAUAGCUUCUUAAAUUUAACCCGUGCUAUCAAACAGGGUGUAAAUCGAACGCAGUGUUGGAUUUGUAUUCAUACCCCCACAUAUUUAGGUCAGGGGGUCCCGUUGGUAGGGGUACCAAUCCCCCUUAAUCGAACACUUCAAACUAAGCUAUGGGCAAACACUACAUUUAACUGGAAUGUUACAAUCCAAAUAUGGUCUAUUGAUAUGGUGGCCCAGGGUAAUUAUGCUUUAUGUGUGUCACGACGUAAGGGCAUAGAAAAUACAGUUUUUGUAGGGAAUUUUGUGGGGUGCAAGGACACCACCCAAAUCAGCUCUGGUGCGGGAGGCCCCUCUGCCUACUCCAGAGCCCCGUGGCCAGUCCCCGAGGGGUCUGGCUGGUAUUGGUUAUGCAAUCACACAGCCUAUAAGGUUCUCCCAGCAGGAUGGUGUGGUACGUGUACCUUAGGGGCUGUAGUACCCGCCGUGACAGUACACCAGAACCUGACCCGGGGAGAGAUCCGCAAUCUAGUAUGGAGGGACCGACGAAGUAUUCCUUUAAACCCCCUUUCUCAACGGCCCAAAGGCUUUCACUCCUUUGUGCGUUGGUUUCUGCCAUGGUUGGGAGUAAGCGAGCUGGAAAAAGCUAUAGUUAAUAUUUCAGCUGCUUUGGAAUUAAUGGCAAAUGCUACUGCAGAUGCUCUGUCGGCCCUUCAAAUUGAAGUCACUCAGCUAUCCCAAACUACACUGCAAAACCGCCUUUCCCUGGAUUAUCUCCUUGCAAAUCAGGGGGGGGUUUGUGCUCUGGUCAACUCAAGCUGUUGUGUAUUUGUAAAUCAACACCAUAGGGUGGAAACUGACAUCCACAUCCUCAAGCAACAGGCAGCCCUAUUCCACCGCAUCAGCCUCGACACUACCAACGCCGGAUUCCAGGAGGUCUGGGACUGGCUCACCUCAUGGCUCCCGGAUGUGGGGACUUGGGGACGGCGUAUUUUGUAUUUACUUUUUUUGACUGUUAUUGUUUUUGUGUUAUUUUUUGUAUGCCUGCAAUGCUGC